AUGACUCUUGUUAAAACAUAUUGUGGCGAUAUUAUAAAAUUCAUAAGUGCUCCAUAUAUUAAAUAUUUAUACAGUUUUUAUUGUCAUGUGGCAUUUUUAUUACUUUUCACCUAUGCAUUAUUAUGUAAUUUCUUCCCUCUUUAUGAUAUUCCAUUCGAUUCAUGUGGAGCGUCCCAUGAACUUGAAAAUGUCGCAGACUUGGAAAAUGUAACUAAAACUCAAUCGAAUCACAACAAUGAGACUAAAAUAAAUACUACAGUGCCAUAUGGAUUUCAAAAACAUGGUCACCCAUCUAUUGAAGAAUACAUCCUUUUCGUUUGGGUUUCAACAUUACUACUUGAAGAACUUCGACAAUUGUUCUCUGGAGAAGCACCUUCGAUUUAUAAAAAAAUUUCAAUUUAUCUUAGCCCAUUUUGGAAUAAGCUCGAUGCUCUAGCUAUAUUACUUUUCUAUGUUGGUUGUGUUCUUCGAUUUUGCCCACCAGCAGAAUGUUUUUGUGCAGCACGCAUUGUGUUAUCAUUCGAUCUAACGCUUUGGUUUAUACGUUCAUUAGAUAUAUUUGCAGCUAUCAGACGACUGGGCCCCAAACUUGUUAUGAUUGGUGAAAUGGUAAAUGAUUUGAAGUCUUUCAUGCUUAUGUUAACUGUGUUUAUUUUGGGCUUUGGUGUAUGCUUUCAUAGUCUUUUAUACGGCACGAAGGUACUGAGCUGGCACAUACUUCGUGACAUUAUAAAUCUCGCUUAUUGGCAAAUGUUUGGAGAAUUAAGUUCAUUGCAAUUAUUCGACAAAAAUUAUCAGGCCAAUGGCUAUGCUCUAUUUUUUUUGCUCGUUGUCUAUAUGGCAAUUGUUAGUGUACUUUUAGUCAAUUUGCUUAUUGCAAUGCUCAGUUAUAUAUUCGAUCGACUUCAUACUAAUACCGAUGAAAUUUGGAAAUUUCAACGAUAUGAAUUAAUACGCGAAUAUUUAUCUCGACCAUCGUUACCACCUCCACUCAUUCUUCUGUCUCAUGUUUGGCGAUUAGUGCUAUACACUUUGCUAAAAUGUUACAGAUCAGAAUGUUUCAAAAAAAUAUAUGAUCAACACAGAAAACGAACUACAUAUAGGAUAACGUGCAGUGAAAAAUUUGCUUCUGUUAUCGAAAAAGCUGAAGAUGCACUUGUUGAUGAUACUUAUUAUAAUUAUUCAAAACCUCGUGAACCCUUAAGUGAAGAACAUGAAAUUGAUGAAGAAUCAACUCAUAGUUCACAAGAGGUUGUGCUAAAAAAAAUACAAGUACUGGAAAGUCAAGUGCAAGUAAUUCGUGACCAAGUAAAAGCGACACGUGAUGAAGUGAGAUUUCUUAUUAGUAUGUUGUAUCAUAUUGAAACAUAUUCUUUUCAGCAAAAUCAAAUUUUAAACUAUCUUGAUUGUAUAAUGGAAGGUAUCAAAAAUAUGAGUGGAGUCUAUGUUAGAAUGCCUAAACGACGUCAUGUUGAAGUAGAUGAUCGAAGUGAUGAAACAUUACAUCAUGAUUAUUAUACGAGAGAAAAGGGUGGACAAAAUCCGUUAUCAGAUGUAGCGGAUGUUUCGACCACUGUUCAUUCAAAUGAACGUGCGUCAACAGCCAGUCAAGGUCGCGUACAUCUUGGAACAUAA